AUGGAAUCUAGCAUAGGAUCGCCGAGUACAAGAUUGAGUAUGACUCGGGCUCGCAAUAAAACUCCCGGGUCAAUCGCUAAACGGGCUUGUGACCAAUGCAAGUUUCGCAAGAUUAAGGUAAUAAUAAGAUUCCCUCCCGUUCCCCUGGAGAAACCCCCCGGCGCUAAAUGCCCUUGCAGUGCAGCUUAUCGCAGCCCUGUAAGGCCUGUCAGGGGAUGGGCUUUGAUUGUACAUUUCUUCAACCGCAGAAGAAACGAGGGCCUACGGGUCAUGUUGGCUAAUGUUUCCACCUCUUCUGUGGAACCAGUCCAACCUGUUUCUCUGCAGGGAUCAUCCUGGGCGCCUGCACAUGGCGAUGCAUCGAUGACUGUGAAUGGAGCAGCUGUGCUAGCACAAUCCGAUUUAUCAUCAUCAUCUUCUUCUAUUGUAGAUGUCUGGGGCACUGAACCUGCCUCGAUAGAUUCUCACAGCACCAGUGCCGUGGGCUGGAAUGAACGCCAAGAUGCGGAAUACUGGCUGCCCGAUAGUUUCGGGGUCCAAGGUUCUUCUAUAUUCGAAUUCCCGGGAAGUAACAUCUAUCUCAAACCAGCCCUACCAUCAAUCAUUCAACCGACUCCUGAUGUCUCUGGAAUGAAUAUCACUCUACAGGACCAUCAAGGCAUGGCUUUCCACUCGGUCGUGAGGUCCAUUGGAUCCAUGUCAUCUGAGACAGAAGAAUUCUGGCCUGCGUCGAUCAGCGAGGCGAACAUGAUUCCCUGGAUCGAUGUUUAUUUCGACCGACUGCAUCCGACAUUGCCUUUGCUUAACCACUCUUCCAUUUUUACUCGAAUCAUGUUUCAGGAGCAUCGCAAGAAUACCCAAUUUGGAGCGAUGUUAUUAUCAUUAUGUGCAUUUGCUUUAACUCAGCCAAUCGAAAUCAACGAGCAUCCAACGACGUCUUCACGCGCCACUCAGGCACGUUCGAUGAUUUAUCAGGCUACCAAAAUGCGGAGUUGUUCCGACUUUGGUGAAAAUCCCACGAUCGAGGACGUUUUGACAAGUUUAUUUCUGUUCGGUUGUUUAUUUGGAAGUAACCAACAUAAUGCUGCAUGGCUCCGAUUGAGAGAAGCCUUGGACCUGGCGUCCACACUGGGCUUAAAUGACCCAAACACGUAUCGCGAUCUCUCCGGAGAAGAGAAGGGCCAGCGUUUACGAAUAUAUCUGGUUUUGUCAAUCACAGAAAGAGCCUACGGUCUUCAACGGCUGCAUCCGAUGACAUUUUCAGGAAAAACAGGAUUCAGCAUGCGCUCCGUACAUGACUUUCUUCAAAAUGCAGCCCAUAACCUUGUCUCUGGGAUCAUAGUUCAUAAUGAGCAUGAUGCCGAGGGUAUGAUAGGUCUAGUUCGCCUGAUGGAGAUAUUUGACGUUAUUGACGAGGAUUUCAUGCACUGUUGGCAUCGACACUGCGACGUCAAAAAUGGGUUCUGUCAGAAAUUCACUGAUGCUAAGGUACUAGGCAUGCACGAUAUUCUCAACAGACUCUCCCAGAGCGAGUUGUAUAAAGGAUAUGACUGGUUUGAGCUGGAGAAAAUGGACCGGAAUGCAAACAACGCCAUUCUGUCGAUUGGAUUGCGGGAAACUCAAGCUGCAGACAUUUUUAUCACACAGAAAUGGUUACAAAACCGUAUCUGGUGGUUAUGUCUCAAUCACGGUCUUCUCAGAUCGCAGUCAGAACGACCCGAGCUGACUUUCGGAUAUGCGGUGUCUGUCGCGGAAUCAACACUGCAGAUAUGUCGAUCGCUACGACUCAGAUCUAUGGAAGCCCAUGGAAUUGGAUAUACUGAAAAGCUGUAUGACAUCGCCAUCAAUGCAAUCAACAUUCUGUACAACAUCAGCCCACCCUACGGGACCGGAAUCACACCCCUGGGCAGCUUUUCGGGGUCGAUCACUCCAAAUUUCAACCCACAGUCUCUGAUAGAAGACUUUAUGCUCUUGAUGAAUAGCUUCCGUGGUGGAAAGCAUCCUUUUUUGCAAAAGUACAAGGAUCACUUGCGCUCGUUACAAAUACCUGGGAGCAAAAUGACGGGCUGGGCUCAGUAA